AUAUUGGGUGCAGAGGGACUUCAAGUGUCGAUAACUCUGCUUUAGCAAAGUAAACCAGUGGGAAACUGCAUCUGAAAUUCAUUAUCGAGUGCUGUUGUGUCAGUACACAAAAAUGCUCAGAGAAAUACAGCAGGUGUUGAGGCUGGUCAUGCUAAUGGGAAAGCAAAGGCAGCAGCAUGGUUUUAAGAGGGCAGGAGGGCUUUUGGUUCUUCUGUGGACUGAAACCAGAACUUCUGUUCAAAGUUUAUACUGCACCGUUGCAGCUGCUGGUCCCUGGUGCACAGGGAUUAAAAUGAAAGCACUCCAACCUGUCCUCACAGAUUUGAAGGAGAGCAUGUUUCCCUGUGCAUGGCUGUGUCCUGAGCCCGACCCUGAGGAGUUGUGUUCCUUUACUGAUCUGUACGGUUCCCUCAGAUUACUCCUCUCCUUUCAGAUGAAAGAUGCAAGACUUUUCAGUCCAGAGUGUCAAGCUCAUAUAGAGGCAUUCCUACGCAUAUUCAGUUUGGCUAAUGCAGGGAUUAAAAUCCACCUCAAAUUCAAAUUCAACCAGGAGACCCUCCAACAAGAAUUCAGAGUGAAAAUCAAAAGUAAAGUUGCACAGGCAGAUGACCCAUCACUGAUCUUGGAUGUCACUUGUAAUACACAGCCUCCAGAGUGUGUGAAGAAAGGAUGCUGGUGUCAGGGAGGACACCCUGUCCUUGGAGGCAGGUUACCACUCAGUAUCCCACCACAAGCCAUGGAACAGGGCCUGUACGGGGAGCUCAGCAUUCAGCCUGUAACACUUCUCAGGCCCUGUGUGCUGCAAUACCCCAAUCUGGCAACCCAGCUAACUCACAUACAAAUAUCCUUUGUGCUGGUUUACAGCCCCAGUAAUGUUCCUGUUACAGGGCCCUCCACCUUCCUCCAGAACCUCCCCGCUCAUCUGGGCUGUCAAGAACUGACCCUGCAUGGCCUUCGCUGCUCCUCCUUCAAAGAUCUUGCACUCAGUGGUGGCACCGUGUAUAAAAUAGAGCAAGAAAACUCAGAGGAAGAAUCAAGUCUUCCCACAAUGCAGCAGAGUCUCCUGCUUUUUCUCUUCCUGCAGCACAGUGACCCCUUCACCUCCCAGGUCUCUGAUGUUAUGGAUACAGAGGCACUGAUCGAGCACCACCUGGAGGAUAUUCUGAGCAACAACAGACAGGCAGUCACAACAACCCUGCAGACUGAGCUGAAAAACACUCUGAAAGCCCAAAAUCGCAGAAAAAUGGACCAAGAGAAGCUGCGUUCAGCUGUCGACGUGAUUCGCAGUUCAUCCAUCAGUAUCGUGAGCAGCAGCAGCAACAUGGACUUCAGAAAUGCCUGUCUGAACAGCAUGAAGGUACAUGACACUCAUGAACUGUCGGCCUCCUUCUCUGAAUCUUUGAGGAGGGUGACAUCAUGGAAAUUCACCCCCAGGGGCAGGUGCUACUCAGUUCAGAUGGAAGAACAUCCUGAGAGUGAUGAGGCUACUAGAACAGAAAUCUGAGACUGUCUGUGUUUUUCUAGAAUGAGUUUUGUUCCAUUUGAAACCUGUGGAAGGAGUUAACACUAGGAUGAUUAUUUUGCAGUUUAAAGUGUGGCAGUAGUGCAUGUUGUAAAUAUGCCGGUAAUGGCUGAAAUAGCUAUUUAUUUAACCUUUAAUUUUAAAAAAUACACUGUUGUUAUUAUAGUUUGUGUGUUAUACCAGAUGUGAUUGAUUUUUACACAGUUCUAAGAUAUAAAAUAUUCUAAAAGAUCUAUAUAACACAUACAUAUAAGGUCUGCAGCUAACAGUUAUUUUCAUUAUUAUUAUUUCAUAUUAUUGAUCUGAUUAAUCUCUUUUCUCAAUCAAAAUACUGUGAUACUUGCCCGUGAAAAUAUCCUGAACCAGGUGACAUCAUUAUAUGUCAUAUUUUGUUUGAUCAACACUCCAAAACGUAUUCAAUAUACUAUAAUGUGAAAAAGAAAAAAAAAAAGGCUAAUUCUCACAUUUGAGAAAUUGAAAGGAUUACAUUUUUGGUAUUUUUAUUUGAAAAAUUAAAUGAUUAAUCAUUUGUCAGAAAAGUUUUUGUUUUUUCUUCCGUCAACUACUCGUUCAGUUGACUCAUUUCUGAUCUGAAACACUCCUUUGUUGAUGUUUUUUUAUGUAGCCCGAAAUAAACAAUAUGGUACAGUAGCAUGGGCAUCUAUAGUGUUUAUAUUCCUACUGACGCUGUAAGGUUACAUUAUAUACCUCCGC